AAAAUUGAUUUAAUGGUUUUGUGAUAUGAAUUUGCUUUUUUAUUUGGUUUUGUCUGUAAAUACGAUUGCAAAAUAUAUCGGUAAAAUGUCUUACGUAAAACUGAGCAUUUGGUUUUCAUCCGGGUGUGCUGAAUUGAAUGACAGCGUUUGUCUAAUAGCACACAGACGCUAUAGAAAUCGGACAUGUGUAUGUACAACAUCAACAGAACUGUCAUUGGUGCAUAGUUUGUUUUAGUUGGUGUCGGGGAGAGAAACAAUCAAUUUAUAGGCGGCAUUAUUUUCUGUAUAAUUUUCCAGCGAAACUUUUCCGAUAACAACGGACUUUAAUUAGUGAGAAGAAAGAAUCGUGUGGCAACUAUGAAGUCGGUGCUGAUGGUAGCGGAGAAGCCGUCGUUGGCUGCUUCGUUGGCAAAUAUUUUGAGCAAUGGACGGAACUCGAAUCGAAAAGGUUCAAAUAAUGCGUGCUCAGUGCAUGAAUGGAAAGGGGUAUUUCGCAAUGAGAAUGUUACGUUCAAAAUGACAUCGGUGUGCGGUCAUGUCAUGUCAUUGGAUUUUGUUGGUAAAUACAAUUCAUGGGAUCGCGUUGACCCAGUGGAGCUGUUCACUUGCCCAACGGAAAAGAAAGAAGCCACACCGAAAUUGCGAAUGCGACAAUUUUUGGGCACAGAAGCAAAGGGCUGCGAUUAUUUGGUCCUGUGGCUCGAUUGCGAUAAGGAAGGGGAAAAUAUUUGCUUUGAAGUGAUGGACGCAGUGUCACGUUCAAUUCGUAAUGUCUAUUCGAAUGAGGUGACCUAUCGUGCCAAAUUUUCGGCAAUCACGGAAAAGGACAUCAAAUAUGCAAUGAAUAAUUUGAUUCGGCCAAAUGAAAAUGAAGCACGCAGUGUUGAUGCACGGCAAGAGAUUGAUUUGCGAAUUGGGUGCGCUUUCACUCGCUUCCAAACGAAAUUUUUUCAGGGUCAUUAUGGUGAUUUGGACUCAUCAUUAAUUUCUUAUGGGCCAUGUCAAACGCCAACACUGGGUUUUUGUGUGCAACGACAUGAUGAAAUACAAAAUUUCAAGCCUGAGACUUUUUGGUAUGUUCAACUAUCGGUUGGUGGUUCGGAUGUUACAUUAGAAUGGGCAAGAAAUCGUAUUUUUAGCAAGGAUGUAGCUAAUUUCUUCAUGAACAUCGUCAAGAAACACAAAGAUGCUCAUGUUGAAAGUGUUAUUGAAAAAGAUCUGGUCAAACCACGUCCAUUGGCCCUGAACACGGUUGAAUUAAUGCGAGCUGCUAGUGCCGGCCUGGGCAUUGGACCACACACUGCCAUGACUUUGGCUGAACGUCUCUACACUCAAGGUUAUAUCAGUUAUCCACGUACGGAAACCACAAGCUAUCCGCAAAACUUUGAUUUAAAUGGUGUUGUACGCUUGUUACAGCCAUCAUCGGAGUUUGGAACUGAGGCUAAGGAUGUAGCACAAAACUUUAAUUCUCCACGUCGUGGAACUGAUUGUGGAGACCAUCCACCGAUUACACCUGCUAAAUUAUUGAAUCGAGGAGAGACGGACAAUGACACGUGGCGUGUGUACGAUUACAUUUGUCGUCAUUUCCUGGCUACUGUUUCGCAAGAUUUACGAUACAAACAGACAACGUCGAAAUUUACUGUCGGUUCAGAGAAAUUUUCGUGCACGACGAACAAAUUGAUUGAUCCCGGGUAUACAAAGUGUAUGACAUGGCAGGCAUUUGGUAAAGAUGAUAUAGCGCAAAGUUUCAAGCAGGGUGAUUCGGUGAAAAUCAACGAGUAUAAAUUGGUGGAGAGCCAAACUGGACCACCCGACUAUUUAACUGAAUCGGAGCUUAUUACGCUUAUGGAAAAACAUGGCAUUGGAACGGAUGCUUCGAUUCCGGUUCACAUAAACAACAUUUGCCAGCGCAACUAUGUGACGAUCGCAUCGAGCCGACGUUUGAUACCAACAACCUUAGGAAAUGUUCUUGUACAUGGAUAUCAAAAGAUUGACCCAGAACUUGUGCUCCCAACUAUGCGUUCCGACGUUGAGAAGGCAUUGAACUUGAUUGCAGCUGGUUCAGCUGAUUUUGGUUCGGUUCUAAAGCAUGCCGUCGAAAUAUUCCGUAUGAAAUUUUUAUUUUUCGUGCAAAAUAUAUGCGUAAUGGAUUCAUUAUUCGAAGCAUCGUUUGCAUCCAUUGCUGACUCAGGAAAGGCAUUUUCACGUUGUGGAAAAUGCCGUCGCUACAUGAAGUAUAUCCAAACAAAGCCAGCUCGACUGCAUUGUACCCAAUGUGACGAUACGUAUACACUGCCUAAAGACGGUACAGUCAGAGCCUAUAAGGAGCUCCGUUGUCCAUUGGAUGAUUUUGAGUUGCUUGCAUUUUCAAGCGGUACGAAAGGACGUUCGUAUCCAUUGUGUCCGUAUUGCUAUGCCAAUCCACCAUUCAAGGGUAUGCCAAACAAUGCCGGUUGUAACUCAUGCAUGCAUCCAACGUGCCCGAAUUCAAUGAAUAUGCUUGGCGUUUCGGUGUGUGAUGAGUGUGAUCGCGGGAUUUUGGUUCUAGAUUGCACCUCAGCACCCAAAAAAUGGAAAUUAGGAUGCAAUUCCUGCGAUGUUAUCAUCAACAUUUUCAAUAAAGCAUCGAAAGUUACUGUCAAUGACAAUAAGCAAUGCGAUGAGUGUCAGGCACAAUUGGUAACUGUCGUCUAUAAGGUAGAUCAAACAAAAUUCAAAGAUAAUGCGGAAGAGAAAACUGGAUGCUUAUUCUGUAGUCCUGAUUUCAUACCAUUGGUAGAAAAACAUCGGGCCGUUGCCACAAAGCCGAUACAAACGAAUUCGACGCGCGGCGGAAGAGGCCGUGGCAAUGUGUCUGUCGGUAAUGGUACAGCGCGCGGAGGUGGUUCGAAUCGUGGAGGUGGUCGAGGACGACCACCAAAGGACAAAAUGGCACAAUUGGCAGCUUAUUUUGUUUAAUUUUCAGUCAUUUCGAAGAAUCAUCAAAAUUUUCUUCUAAGUUAGCGAAACCAAUAACAAAUCACUUUUGUUUUUGUUUGGUAACAUUGUAUUCUCUAACCAAAUUUACGCACAACUGCGUGCAUGAAUAUUCGCGUGAUACUCAAUUCAAUUGUAUUGAAUCCAAGUAUUUACACAAUUUUUCGAUAUUUUACAGCUUUGUUUUUUUUUUGUCCAUGAAGUAGACCAAAUCGAAUUCGAUCUAUUUCUAAAGUGACAUGAUGAAAAAAAGUAUAAAUAAAGUAUUAACAUGAAAUUAA